ACCAAACACAUUGCUUGCUGUCACUUGUAAAAGGCCCCAAAUUAUUCCUUUGUCUCGUGCCGCUUUGCAAUGCACUAGAAAAGCCUGGGAAAGGGUUUAACGCAGGGUUUAUUCAAAAUCUGCAGGUCCAAAUCGUCAACUAAUCCAAUUCCAGAAGAGAUUUUACCAUGGCGACACCUUCGCAUGCUCACGCCGUCAAGUCACUGAACAAAUCGCCCGGUCGCCGGCGCUUCGUUUUCAAGACUUUCUCUCAGAGAAUAGAAGACGUCGAGAUUGAUGUCUAUCGAAGCCUUGAUAAAAUUAAGCUUGAGCCAUCUGAGGGGUCUUCUUUUUUCCGGGAUUAUCUCGUGGAAUGGAGGGAGUUGAAUACUGCAGAGGACUUCAUCUCAUUUUAUGAGAAGAUGAUGCCCUUCGUACAGACAUUACCUUUAGUGCUAUUACACAAAGAAUCAAUUUUGUCAGAACUUCUUUCUAGAUUGCAAAUGAAAGCUCGACUAUCGCUUGAGCCCAUUCUCUGGUUAAUUGCAGGUCUAUCUAGAGAUCUGUUGGAGGAUUUUAUCCCCUUUUUGCCUAGGAUUGUUGAUUCAUUCUACUCUCUUCUCAAAAGUGGUGCUGAUAGGGAGCCAGAGACCAUUGAGCAGGUUUUUAAAUCAUGGUCUCAUAUUUUGAUGUAUUUGCAAAAAUAUCUUGUGAAGGAUGUUAUACAUGUGCUCAAGGUGACAACAAAGUUAAGGUACUACCCGGAGUGGUACAUACAAGAAUUUAUGGCGGACGCAACAUCAUUCUUGCUAAGAAAUGCUCCUAAAGAGCAACUUAAAAGAGGCAUUAGAAAGAUUGUGUUUGAAGCAGUGAAAAAACCGUUGUCUUCUCGAAAAUCUGGAGUCAUUGCUUUACUUUAUCAUAUCAUCAAAGGACCUUCAUCAAAAUUUCAUUCAAGAGCUGGUUGGGUAUUGCAGCUAUUGACAGAAAAUUCUAUGUUCAAUAUUGGUGAUAAGUUCAAUGGAGAUGUGGACACAGUUAUUGAAGUUCUCACUGCCACCUUUAAAAGAUUAUGUGAGAAUUUAGGACAGGAGGAGUUAAAUUUGAUGUGGAAUUGCUUAUACCAGAGGGUAGAUGACUCUGUUAAUGAUGGAGACUUCCAGCAUCUAAGUUGCCUUCUAACACUGCUUGUAUCAAUUGUCCAGAUCAAUAAUGGGAUGAAAGUUUCUGAUUACCAGCCAAUGAUUGAAUGCGUAAGGUCACUUGUUCAGAAGUUCAUUGUCCCUUCUAGCAUAGUGGUGGGAGAAGACAAUUCUGAAAUUGUUGAUAAGAUACUGCAGUUAAUGCUUUGCAUCCUUGAUGGGCUCAAAAGUUCCAAUGAUAUGUCUUCUAUCUCUAGCUGUUUAUUGCAGUGGGCUCCAGUUUUUGCAUUGAGAAACUCAAGUGUUUUAACAUUUAUUAGGGAACUUCUGGAAAAGGAUCCGUACAUAUUACAUGAAUCCAGAGUUAAUAUUUUAAGCGCAAUGAAUGAUUUAAUAGAUACUGCACAGGAGGAGGUUGUAUAUCUGAUUUGUUCAUUCUGUGAGAGACUGCAAAACGAUUCUCUAGUUUCUAGAUUCUUAGAUGGAGCAUCUGCAGAUGGUCUUUCAAGAAUUCGCUGUUUUUUACAGGGGGCCAUCUGCUCCUGGAUUGGGGUGAUCAAUGAUAUUACUUGUGGUAAUCCAUUAUCUACCACAAUUGAUGAGGGCAGGUUGGCUCUGUUCUGGGGAGUCAUCCGUUGCUAUCCUCAUAUGAUGGAUAUCCGAGAAAGAUCCAUCCGAGAAAGUUCAUCCUUGCUAAUGGAUUUGAUAGAUGCACUUAAUUGUCUUUUGAUGAUUGAAUCUGAAAAUUUUGCUGGUGUUCCUAAACGUACUUGGCAAAGCCUGUUGGGUGCUGCUCUAAGUUCCUGUUACAAAGGUAGCAAUAUACAUGGGCUAGAAGAAACAAGCAAAAUUUUGCGUGUUGCAGAAACCUGCAAUUCAUCCUUCCAUGUGUUAUCCGCUGUUGCUGAUUAUUUGGACCAUGUGUAUGGGUCGAUGAUGGAGGCAGACAAUCACUGCAGAUCUGAUCAUCCUAAGUUUGAAACAAAUAGGGCUGUGGAUGCAUUAGGCAUUUUUGCUGAUAACUUGUGCAACUCAGAUAAGGCAAUUCGUGUUGCAACCCUAAGAAUUUUGUGCCACUAUGUAUGUCUUGAAUGUAAAAAAUCUACCAAUGAUGAGCGGCCUGAGAAGAUAAUGAAAACAGAAGGUUAUCAGACUCACCCUGCAGAAGAUCAUGGGUCUUGUGGUGUUGAUGUUCUUCAGCUGCUUCUCUCCAUUGAAGCAACUCCUCUUUCAAUUUCUACCAGCAGGAAAGUUAUCCUGUUAAUAUCUAAAAUACAGAUGGCCAUCUCUGCUGGAAGAUUAUCUGAAACUUAUAUACCCAUAAUUUUGAGUGGAAUAAUUGGGAUCUUCUAUAACCGUUUCAGUUAUCUAUGGAAUCCUGCAUCCGAGUGCCUUGCAGUUCUGAUUGGGGAAAAUGUUGCACUUGUAUGGGACAAAUUUGUUCAUUAUUUUGAAAGUUGCUUAUCUACAUUUCAGUCAUGUCAUAAUAAGCCUGAUGAACAAAAUGCUGAAUUGCCUUACAAUUCAUGUGACCUGGUUAAGUGUUUUACUUCGUUUGCUGCUCCUACAUCUGAUAGCACACCCUAUGCAACUGUUCUGUCCUCAUUGCUUCAGUCUUUACAAAAAAUUCCUUCUGUUGCUGAAUCUCGUUCUCGACAAAUCGUACCGCUGUUCUUGAAGUUUUUGGGCUACAACAAUGAACAUCUUCUCAGUGUGGGAUCAUUCAAUUCAGAUGCUUGCAAAGGCAAGGAAUGGAGGGGUGUCCUCAAGGAAUGGUUAAACCUGUUUAAACUUAUGCGGAAUCCUAGGGCCUUCUAUAGGAGCCAGUCUUUAAAAGAUGUUCUGUUAAUCAGGCUCAUGGAUGAAAAUGAUGCUGAAAUCCAGAUGAGGGUUCUUGACUGCCUCUUUACUUGGAAAGAUGAUUUUUUACUGCCAUAUGAACACCAUCUGAGAAACUUGAUCAGUUCAAAAGCUUUGAGAGAAGAACUAACAACGUGGAGUCUGAACAGAGAAUCUCUUCUCAUCGAAGAAGGGCACAGAGCUAGUCUUGUGCCUCUAAUUAUCCUUAUUCUGGUACCAAAAGUGAGAAAAAUGAAGAUACUUGCCUCUAGGAAGCAUACAAGUGUACAUCAUCGGAAGGCAGUUCUUCGAUUCAUAGCUCAACUUGAUGUCAAUGAGAUUCCUCUUUUUUUUGCAUUAUUAAUAAAGCCCUUGCAUAAUAUUUCAAAGGAAGCUGAUGGUACCCCAAAUAUAUUUUGGACAUUAUCUAAAAAUUCUUUGGAUGGAUUUCAACCAUCAAAUAUUUUGAAGUAUUUCACCUUGGAAAAUAUCAUGGCACUAUCUUGGAAGAAGAAAUAUGGUUUUCUGCAUGUCAUUGAAGACAUCCUCCGAAGUUUUGAUGAAUCACAUAUCAGACCUUUUCUCGAUCUGCUCAUGGGUUGUGUUGUUCGAGUGCUGCAAAGUUGCAUGUCAAGUAUUGAAACUGCAAAGGGCGGUGGAUCCUCUAUGGAAAGUCAUUCUGAUGUCGGCCUUGGAUUGCAUAAUGAUGACAGUACUGCUGUAAAUCAAGUGCUGACCAGCUCAUCACUGAAGCAGUUGAAGGAUUUGAGGUCUUUGUGUCUGAAAAUUGUGUCGCUUGUUAUUAACAAGUACAGUGAUCAUGACUUUGAUUGCGAAUUCUGGGAUAUGUUCUUUGCAUCUGUAAAACCUUUAAUUGACAGUUUCAAGCAGGAGGGUGCUAGUAGUGAGAAACCAAGUUCACUGUUUUCAUGCUUUCUGGCUAUGAGUAGCAGUCGCUGCCUUGUACCACUUUUGUCUAGGGAAAAGAAUCUGGUUUCUGAUAUUUUCUCAAUUCUAACUGUCACUACUGCUUCUAAGGCUAUUAUAUCUUGCGUUCUUAAGUUCAUUGAGCAUCUUCUAGAUCUCAAUGAAGAGUUGGAUGAUGAAGACAAUUCAGUUAAGAACGUUCUACUUCCAAACUUUGACAAACUUAUCAGUAGCUUGCACCGUCUCUUUCAGGGCGAUACUGCAAACAAGAGGAAACUGGCCAGCUAUCUUGGGGAGACACAUACUAGAAUUUUCAAAUUGUUGUCCAAGUAUAUACAAGAUCAAUUACAGUCAAGGAAGUUUUUGGAUAUCUUACUCCCAUUGUUAGCAACAAGACAUGAAGAUUCUGGUGUCUUUGUUGAAUGCUUGCAAAUCAUUCGAUACAUAAUACCAGUGUUAGGAAAUGAAUGUACAACCAAAAUUCUGAAUGCUGUCUCUCCACAUCUUAUUUCUGUUGAGCUGGAUAUGCGGUUGAACAUCUGUGAUCUGCUUUCUGCUCUCGCUAAAGUUGAUCCUUCUGUACUUGUUGUGGCAAAACUUCUUCAAGAGUUGAAUGCAACCUCUGCAGUGGAAAUGACUGGCCUUGAUUAUGACACCAUAAUCAGCGCAUAUGAAAAGAUAGAUGUUGAUUUGUUCUAUACCAUCCAAGAGGAUCAUGCAUUAGUUCUCUUGUCACAUUGUGUGUAUGAUAUGUCAUCGGAAGAAUUAAUUCUAAGGAAUAGUGCUUACAGAUCAUUGCUUACUUUUGUUGAAUUUUGUGCCUUAAUUCUUGAUGGAGAGGUUGAGAGUCAAUACAAAAGCCAUCAAGUGAUCCCAACAGGUGGCAAUUAUUGUUGGACAAAAGCAUGUGUUCAGCGCAUAAUAAACAAGUUCCUUUUGAAGCAUAUGGGGAACACAAUGAAGGAGGGAGGUGCAGUUAGGAAGGAAUGGAUUGAGUUAUUACGAGAUAUGGUGUUGAAACUUCCAGGGAUGGAGAAUCUCAAUUCCUUCAAAGUACUGUGCUCUGAGGAUGCUGAGCAAGAUUUUUUCAACAAUAUUAUUCAUUUGCAGAAGCAUAGGAGGGCGAGGGCAGUUUUACGCUUCAGUAAUGUUAUCAGGCAAAAGAAGAUGUCAGAGGAUACCAUGAAUAAGGUGUUUGUUCCAUUCUUGUUUGGUAUGUUGUUUGAUGUACAAUGUGGAAAGGGAGAACAUAUCAGAACUGCAUGCAUUGAAGCUCUCGCUUCAAUAUCUGCUCAGAUGGAAUGGAAGGCAUAUUAUACCUUAUUGAUUAGAUGCUUUCGGGAAAUGAAGUCAAAUGUGGACAAGCAGAAAAUUGUAGUGCGGCUGAUUUGCUCUAUAUUGGACCAGUUCCAUUUUUCACAAAACUGUUCCUGUCAAGAAAACAAAGACUCUGCAGAUAGCAUUUUAGGCUCUACUGCAACUGAAACAGGUUCCUUAAUUACACUCCAGAAAUGUGGUGGUGGUUCUUCAGCUACACUGCUUAAAUGUACUUCCUCUGUCAUAAACCCUGAAAUACAGUCAUGUCUUCAAAAAACUGUGUUCCCAAAGAUGCAAAAAUUACUGGAUUCUGAUUCUGAUAAGGUGAAUGUCAAUAUCAAUGUGGCUGCACUGAAAGUACUGAAGUUGCUUCCAGUGGACAUAAUGGACUCACAACUUCCAAGUAUCAUUCAUCGCAUUGCAAACAAUUUAAAGAGUCGUAUGGAAAGCAUCCGUGAUGAAGCUAGGUUUGCUUUGGUUGCUUGUUUGAAGGAACUUGGGCUGGAAUAUCUGCAAUUUGUAGUUGGGAUUUUGCGAGCUACCUUGAAGCGAGGAUUUGAGCUCCAUGUUUUGGGGUAUACUCUUCAUUUUAUUUUGUUGAAACUUCUUUCAAAUCCAAUAUUUGGAAAGUUGGAUUAUUGUUUGGAAGAUCUCCUUAAUGUGGUGGAGAAUGAUAUCCUUGGAGAUGUUUCUGAGGAGAAAGAAGUAGAAAAAAUUGCUUCUAAAAUGAAAGAAACUAGGAAGCUGAAGUCCUUUGAAACCUUGAAGAUAAUAUCCCAAAACAUAACAUUCAAAACCCAUGGCUUGAAACUUCUUUUGCCAGUUAAAGCUCAUUUGCAGAAGCAUCUGACGCCCAAAGUGAAAACCAAGUUGGAGAAUAUGUUAAAUCACAUAGCAGCUGGUAUUGAAAGUAAUCCAUUAGUUGAGCAGACUGAUUUAUUUGUUUUUAUAUAUGGGUUUAUUGAAGAUGGGAUCAAUAGUGAAGAUGGUCAAGGUGAGAAUUCUUCUGGUGCAGAAGCGACACUUGCCAACAAAUUUGAUAGGAAUGGAAAAAGAAUUUCUGCUGGCAAAGUUAUUGGAACUAAGUCAGUGUGCUCGCAUCUGAUUACUGUUUUUGCUCUUGGGCUAUUCCACAAUCGAUUGAAGAGUCUGAAAUUCGAUAAAAGCAAUGAAGAACUUCUAUCAAUGUUGGAUCCCUUUGUUAAACUGCUUGGUGACUGCUUGAGUUCUAGGUACGAGGACAUUUUGUCUACUUCACUUAAAUGCCUUACUCCACUUGUAAGACUACCUCUGCCAUCCCUUGCAUCUCAGUCUGAUAAAAUAAAGGUGACACUACUGGGUAUUUCUCAGAAUUCUGUGAACAACAAUUCUCUGAUGCAGUCAUGUCUAAAAAUGUUAACUGUGCUUUUGCGAAGUACUAAUAUUACUCUUUCCUCGGAUCAACUGCAUCAGCUAAUUCAGUGUCCACUAUUUAUUGAUCUUGAGCGGAAUCCCUCUUUUGUUGCCCUCUCACUUCUAAAAGCAGUUGUGAAUCGCAAGCUGGUUGUUCCUGAGAUCUAUGAUAUUAUGAUUCGCAUUGCAGAGUUGAUGGUAACAAGCCAAGUGGAUUCAAUUCGGAAAAAAUGCAGUCAAAUUAUAUUACAAUUUUUACUAGAUUAUCAUCUUUCUGGAACAUAUUUACAACAACAUUUUGAUUUUCUGCUGAGAAAUUUGAGCUAUGAAUAUUCAACUGGAAGAGAAUCUGUACUUGAAAUGCUCCAUGCGAUAAUUGUCAAAUUUCCCAGGAACUUUCUGGAUAAACAUGCACAAACACUGUUUAUCCAUUUGGUGCAAUGUUUGGUUAAUGACCGUGACAAUAAAGUUCGUUCCAUGACCGGUGUAGUUUUAAAGCUUCUGAUUGGACGUGCAAGUCCUCAUCUACUAGAUUCCAUGCUUGAUUUUAGUUUAUCUUGGUAUACGGAUGAAAAAAGGCGGCAAGUUCAGAGCACUGGUGCACAGGUCAUGGGACUAUUGGUUGAGGUCAUGAAUAAUAGCUUUUAUAAGCACAUCAAUAGUAUAUUGCCUGUGAGCAAAACCAUUUUGCAGGCUGCUGCCAAUGUUGUCAGCGAGAGUCCAACGCUAGAUCAUGAAACUGUUCCUCUCUGGAAAGAAGCAUAUUAUUCAUUAGUUCUGUUGGAGAAGAUCCUACAUCAUUUUCAUGAUCUCAGCUUUGAAAGGGAUCUUGAGGAUAUAUGGGAGGCAGUAUGUGAAUUGCUCUUGCAUCCGCAUCCAUGGUUACGCAACAUAUCAAGUCGCCUUGUGGCUUUUUACUAUGCUACUGUGACUAAGGCCAGCAAAGAGAGUAAUGAAAAAGCACUGGGAACUUUUUUCCUUAUGAGGCCACAUAGGCUUUUUAUGGUAGCUGUUUCUCUUUGCUGCCAGCUAAAAACACAAGUCGUUGAUGACACUGUUGAAAGUCUGAUCACCCAGAAUCUUGUCUUUACAAUUUCUGCUAUUCAUUCUCUGAUGGGAAAAGCAGAAUCUGUGGAUCCUUCUACAUUCUGGUCUGCGCUUGAACAGCACGAACAGGGUCUACUUCUUAAAGCAUUUCAGUUGCUUGAUUCAAGAAAAGGAAGAGAAAUCUUUUUGAAAGUUCUCUCUGGUGUCCGUGACCAAGAUGAUGGGGACUGUUGUCAUAAUCUCCAAUACUUGCUCCUCUCUAAUUUGAUUAAAAAAAUGGGAAAAAUUGCUCUACAAAUGGAGGCUACUCAGAUGAGGAUCAUCUUCAAUACUUUUGGAAAGAUUUCUUCACAAAUAAAACAGGAUGAGUUACAGAAGCAUGCAUUUGACAUGCUGUUACCCUUGUAUAAAGUUUGUGAAGGAUUUGCUGGGAAAGUUGUCACUGAUGAACUGAGACAGCUAGCACACGAGGUUUGUGGAAGUGUGCGGAGUGCUCUUGGUAUCCAAAAUUUUGUACAGCUUUAUAGUGAUAUAAGGAGAAAUAUGAAGGCAAGGAGAGAGAAGCGGAAGCGAGAGGAAAAGGUCAUGGCUGUUGUUAAUCCAGUGCGUAAUGCUAGGAGGAAAUUGAGGAUUGCAGCAAAGCAUCGUGCCCACAAGAAAAGGAAGAUAAUGACGAUGAAAAUGGGAAGAUGGAUGCAUUGAAAUACUAAGAAAUGUUAUUCUCCCAUUUUUCAAUUAAAACUAGCUGCUUCCAACUUCUUUUGGGAGUGCAUUUUUCAUCGAGUCUUGGCAUAUUAGGCUUUUGUCGAGCUACCUAAAAUUGUAUAGUAGGUAAAAAUAGGUUUUCAGCAUCUUCCUAAUUGUAAGUAUGGCAUUCUAAAUUACCUAGUGUUUUUAGAAAAUUUCAGAUGCAAUUGCAAUGAACAAGUGAUACAUCCUGUCCACAAAAUUGGGUCCGGAAUCUAAAUUGAUAGAGGAAUGAGGUCAUUUUUACCUUGUCAAA